AUGGAGUCUAACAUAUCCUCGAACUCUGGAUAUCUAACUCUGCAGCCUUUGGGUCUUACUCCAUCAUCUACACUGCCAUCGUUCAUCUUUUCUCUGCUAACAUACUGUAUCACUAUCUGCUGCAACCUGUCUGUUUUCCUAACCAUCAUUUGUAACAGGACUCUUCACAAACCCAUGUUUUGGCUUCUGCUGAAUUUACCGGUUUGCGAUGUGUUGGGUGCGACGGCCUUUUUCCCCCAGCUCAUCGUCAGCAUGCUCCACCAGACCAGAGUGAUAUCUUACUCGGCAUGUGUGCUGCAGGCUUACUUCAUCCACAGCUGUGGAGGUGCCUCGCUGCUCACUCUCACCGCCAUGGCGUAUGACCGGUAUAUCGCCAUAUGUUACCCGUUGUCCUACAACACCAUCAUGACCACCUCGAAAGUGAUCAUACUUACAAGUGCGGUGUGGCUGAGUGACUUGGGUUUCAUGGGAAUACUGUUAAUCUUAUUUGCCCGUUUCAAGAUUUGCAGGACGAACAUUGUCGACAGCUACUGCAAUAACCCCUCUCUCUUAAAGCUUGUCUGCGAAGAUAUCACCAUCAAUGAUUACUACGGCAGGGUUGGUAUUUUCUACUUCCAAGGUUUUACAUUCCUUGCUGUAGUAUUUACAUAUAUAAAAAUACUGAUUGCUUGUUCUUUUAACAAGCAGGCAAGGGCCAAGGCUCUUCAGACUUGUGUGGUCCAUGUGAUUGUCUUCAUGCUGUUGCAGUUCAUGGUCGUUAUCACGUUGAUUUUGCAUCGAAUGAAGAACAUAUCUUCACAAGCGAGACGGAUAUUAGGGGUUUCAAUUCUUAUUUUCCCCCCUCUACUAAAUCCUUUAAUAUAUGGUUUUGUGAUGAAGGACAUCAGAGAGAAAAACGUCAUCUAUAAAUUUAAGAAAAAAAAGGUUUCCUUUUGA